CGCGACCAUGCAGCUACUGCAGGUGCUCUCGCUGGCUCUGCUGGCCUCCGUGGCCAGUGCGCGCGGGGACAGCAGUCGCCUCGACCGGGUGAUGGGCAAGCAGCACGAGCAGAUGGAACGCGUGAAGGCCGCGUAUGCGAGCGCGAACUCGCAGAAUGUGCACUCAAAGCGGCAGGACAACGGGACGCUCCCGUUCUCGAACCCCGCGGCCGAGCCGUUCUACGUGGAUGGGACGUCGAUUCCUGAGGUCAACUUCGACGCGGGACCAUCCUGGGCGGGCUUACUGCCCAUCUCAGGCGACCCCGAUGAAGACAAGAAGCUAUUCUUCUGGCUCUGGCCGACCUCGAACCCCGACAACGCGGACAAGUUGCUAUUCUGGACGAACGGCGGACCGGGCUGCUCGUCCCUGGAGGGCUUCCUACAGGAAAACGGGCCGAUCAUUUGGAACUGGGGCCAGUCGGAGCCCGAAGCCAAUCCAUACUCAUGGACAGAGUUCGCCAAUGUUGUGUGGGUUGAGCAGCCCGUCGGGACUGGCUUCACCCAAGGCACACCGAACAUCACCAACGACGACGAAUUGGCCGCGCAGCUGACUGGCUUCCUGGGGCAAUUCAUCGAGGUCUUCGAUGAGCUGCAAGGUGCCGAGUUCUACUUGUCUGGGGAAAGCUACGCUGGAUACUACGUGCCCUACAUUGCCAACUACAUCUACGAGAACCCCGGGCUUAACCUCGACCUGCAAGGGAUCUGGAUCGCAGACCCCUCCCUAUCGUACGAUAUAGUCCAGGGCGAGAUACCUACACUGCGCUUCGUGCAGGCAAACGCGAACGUCUUCCCCUUCAAUUCCUCCUUCCUGGAGCACCUGCAGAAUAUAUCCGACUCCUGCGGCUACACGACCUACUUGGACGACUACGUGAAGUACCCUCCCGAGGGCUUGCUGCCGCUCGUGGGCAACAGAGAGGGCUCGACGCGGGUGUCCGACGACUGCGCCAUUUGGGACGAGGUGUAUAAUGAGAUUUUCUACUUGAAUCCUGUAUUUAACGUCUAUCGGGUGACGGAUACGUUCCCCAAUCUCUGGAGUGUCCUUGGCUUCCCUCGCGAUACGCAACAGUUUAUCUACUUCAACCGCACGGAUGUACAAGACGCCAUUCAUGCACCCCGAAAGGUCUGGGAGGACUGCUUGGGCCCUGUAUAUGUCAACGGCGACCACUCGCUGCCGUCUAUGCUCAGCAUCUUCCCCAACGUCAUCGAGAAAUCAGCACGGACUGUCGUCGUUCACGGCCUCGCGGACAUGAUUCUGAUCGCGGAGGGCACCCGCAUCGCCAUCCAGAACAUGACCUGGGCCGGCGCGCAGGGCUUCCAGACUCCGAUUGAGCCCGAGUCCUUCCUUGUGGACGACGAUAUCCUGGGCGUGCACGGCGUGUACGGCAACCUGCACCAGGAGCGCAAUCUCACCUACGUGGAGUUCUACAUGAGCGGACAUAUGACGCCCCAAUUCGUGCCCUGGGCGGCUUACCAGACAAUCGCGUAUCUGACCGGCGCAAGGGACUCCCCGUCCGCUUGAGUGUAGGCGGCCGGAGCACGUCGCGUAAAGCUACAUACCUUCGGGAUGCAGUCAGUGCUCGUUGUAGGUAAUGGGAAUGAAUAUUUGGUCUCUC